AUGUCUAGGAGGCCUAUUCCAAGGGAAACAUUAAGCUUAGGAGAAAAUGAGAGAAAGAUAAUCCACAUCGCUCUCCAAAAAGAUCCACCUGCAGCUUAUGCACUUGUGUCAGUUGGAUAUCCCCCAUUGAAACAACGAUUACACAUCGACACGGGUUUAGAUUUAACAUGGGUGCUCCACAACUCCUCCUCCGGUUAUGAUCCAUCAAAGUCAUCGUCUUUCAGUUAUAGAAGCUGUCACGGAUUACCUAUAAUCAAGUCAGUGACUCGCAGUAAGAUAUGGGGACAAUGCGACUACAACAAAAGACUCGCGGACAAUGCAGCAUAUAUAGGUACUUUUGGUACCGAAACGUUUACUUUCGGAAGUCAUGAAUUAGGCAGUCUAAAGAACGUGUUGUUUGGCUUUGGCAAAACUGUUGGUGGGCCGCAAGCUGGGACGGGUAGUUUAGAGCAUCAGCAUCUGUGA